AUGGGCACGUCGAUCCCAUCAGGUAGUGUCCAAAGCCUUUGGGAUGAAGCCUGCACACUGCUGGAUGCUGACACCAAAGCAAAUCUCAGUAGUCUGCAAAAGCCUAGUGUCGAUAUUUUGGAACAGGUGUUGGAAAAAGCCCAGACGAUAAGGCAAAGAACUAUCGAUGAAGGAUGGAAAAUCAACAAGCCAGGCGGUGGAAAAGUCGCUGUUCGCGACGUGUUGGAAAACAUUAUCAAGUGGGUCGACUGCUUCAAGGCCGUCGCUGACACAGCGGUGCAAUACGAUCCAACGCAUGCGGCACUUCCUUGGGCUGCUGUACGAUUCUUAUUACAGAUCGCCGUAAACGAUGUCGAAAUGUUCAGGGCCUUGACCGAAAACCUCGAGUUCAUAUCUCGAAUUAUUACACGGCACACAAUUUCCGAGACUGUCUACGCCCUACGUAAAACAUCUGCUAGCGAAGAGCUUCGAGUGUCUCUGAAAAGGCUUUAUGCUCUAGUGCUUGCGUUCCUAGCAAAGGCCAUCAAGCAUCUAGAUACCCCUGGAUGGAAACGAGUACUCAGAAGUACGACCAGGACUGCCAAGCUGUUCGAAAUUCAAGACAUCGUCUCAAUGGAUUCAGAAGUCGACAAGCUGUUCAGGUUGGUCGCUGCAGAGAGGUCAAUUGUCAGCGAGGAAGAGGUUUCCAAAGCAGUCCAACUUCUCGAACACAUGGAGACACCCAUUGCAGAUCUCAUCAAGCGUGAUAUUGCUGUUCAAAAAGAAAAGAAGCAGGAGGAGUGGCUGGAGUUUCUGACCUGGCUGUCUCCGCUCGAUUUCCACGCUCAACAUCGAGACGUAAGCAACCGCAGGCUGCGAAAUUCAGCUGAAUGGAUUGUGGGACAUCGAGAGGUCGUGGAGUGGAGAGAUUUGACGACAUCUUCAGUGCUGUUGAUCUAUGGACGCGAAGGGGUGGGGAAGUCCAUGCUUGCGUCGAAGAUCAUUGACAGCUUGUCACAAACACAGACUUCGACCGACUCAAAGACUGUCUACUUCUACUGCAAAAGAAGUGCUGCAGAGGCAGAAAGACAAUGCCCUAGGCAUAUCAUGGCAAGUCUACUGCGUCAAGUUGCGAUUAAGGGCAGUCAAGAUAUGACCCAAAACCAAGCAGUGCUAUUUCAACAUUUCAAAAACCGCCAAAAGGAAGUCAAGGAGCAGGGUUUCCGAUUACCUGGCCUGAAAAUUCAAGAAUCGACGGAACUGAUCCAAGAAACGAAAGAUCUGCGUUCUCUGUUUAUCGUCAUCGAUGCUCUCGAUGAGCUAGAAGAGAGGGACCGACCGGCGUUGGUUGAAGCUCUUUGUUCACUGGUUCAUACUGCUCGGUGUGUGGUCAAAGUUCUCGUUACAGGCCGAGACGAUCCGCAGAUUGUCGGACUUCUUUCGGGAGCCUAUCAGAUACGGAUACAACCCCGUGACAACGAUCAGGACAUGGCACCUUUCAUCCAACACAACAUUGACAAAUUGAAGAAAAGUCGAGCGGGAGUUCUUGGACAACAGCUUUCUGAAGGUUUCGAGAAAAGGCUUUCCAGUUGCGUACAGCAGAAAGCUGGCGGAAUGUUUCUUUGGGUCGAACUCCAGCUUGAACGCCUAUCCCUUGCUGAAACAGAGCCGGACGCUCUCGGACUAUUGGAAACUCUCCCGCCAGACUUGAGUGCAACGUACGAAGAAAUUUUGACUAGAGUCGCGAGUUCUGGUCCAAGUUCGUCGCGAAUAUGCGCUGAUGUUUUCAAGUGGCUCCUGUAUGCCAAAGAAACCUUGACUAUUGGCGCUUUACUCCUUGCCGUUUCAUCUAAGGAGAUGCUAUGCAACAACAUUGACGAGUCAUCACUCCUAAGGAUCUGUCGCAAUCUUAUCAUGGUUGAUGAUACUACGGGGGAGGUCACGUUCGCUCACUCGACCAUCCGGGAGUUUCUUCUCUCAAGGCCAGAAUUUGAUCUUCAGAUUUGCCACGCGAGAAUAAUUACCAGAUGCUUGCAUAUGAGAGUCCAAGAAACAUCAGACGACCGAAGUACGCUUCCCCAGCCUGAAGCCGAAUUUCAAAGAUACGCUACACUUUACUGGGCGCUUCAUUACGGGGAUAUAUCCUCAGUGGCCUCCCGCGAGUUGUCUGACCAGAUAUUUGGCUUCGUUUUGGAUGACGACAAAGAGCCUACGAUAGCCUUCCAAUUUUGGUUGCAAGAUGCUUAUGAUUGGUCAUUAGACCUGCCAAGAGAAGAUCCUCUGAGGAGAGACUUCUACGCGCUGGAGAGUUCUUCCUCCACUCCACUUUUCUUGGCAUGCGCUUUCAACCUACACAGUCUCAUGGCGCACAUGGACACACCCCGAUUUGAUUGGAACCAGCCGAACAAACGAGGCCAUACGGGCUUAUACAUAGCUUCUGUGUUUGGACAUAUGAGUAUCGUCAGCUUCUUAAUCGGUAAGGGAGCCAACGCCGAUGCGAAGUGCGGACGGUACGGAAGUCCAUUGCACGCCGCAUGUUUCCAUGGUCACGCUCAAGUAGCAGCGAAACUAAUGGAAAACGGGGCACAAACGCAAUGCAGCGAAACAAUUUUCGGCGACGCAUUGGAUGCCGCAGUUAAAGGUGGCAAUGAGGCUGUUGCUCGGGUGAUAGUUGAGCACGACGCCCCAAUACUCAAGCUCGACCAAGAGCGUAUGAACUCAACUAUCGCCAUUGCGGGUCAUUCAGGUUUCAUAGACGUGGUAAAUCUUCUCCAGACAAUGCGGAGAGAUCAGGCGCAGUCUACGGCCAGGCAAUUGAGCGGCAUGGUCCAGCGUGGCCAGGUACGUCAACUACAAAGAUUUCUCAAGGAUAAUCCUGCUUCGAUCGAGCUAUUGCCUUCAGAUUCUGUCGCCACUGCUGCUUUACACGGGCACUCUUCUAUGGUUGCUUUCUGUAUCCAAAAGGGACUGAGCAUCGAAUCCAGAGGACAAUUCGGAUCGCCGUUGUGUGCUGCAAGCUUGAAGGGACACCAAGAAAUUGUUCAGGUGUUGCUAGGUCUCAAGGCAGACACCAAGGAUGGGGAGGCACUUGAUGCAGCUUCCAGAAAGGGCCAUCUCAGCAUUGUUCAGAUGCUCAUAGGGGCUGCAAACUCCGAUACUGACAUACAUGAUCGCAAUCUUCAACGCGCUCUUUCUAGCGCAUGCUCAUUCGGCCAUCUCGACGUGGUCAAGCGAUUAGUCGAGGCUGGUGCGAGUAUUUCAAAGGCGCAGGCUUCAUUUCGAAUCAUGGAGGCCGCUUCAGAUCACAGUCGUUGGGUUGUUGUGGCAUUUUUACGUGAAGCUGCAAUGGACGUCUAUGGGGAAUCUCCCCAUCCAGAUCCGGCUCCUCUGGACCCAUUCUUCGGUGCUUAG